AUGACUGAGAAAUAUUACUGUGGACAAGUGGAGAGAGUAGCACUGAACAAUGACUUCUUAGCUGACUCAGGUGGAGACACCCUGGCAGUGUUUAUGGCCAGCAGCGGAACCACAGAUGUCUCGCAUCGAAACGGCCCAGCCACACCACCAAACACCCUUAAUCUCCGUUCCUCCCACAAUGAACUGCUGAAUGCCGAGAUCAGGCACGCCGAAAGCAAGAGCAGCACACCCCCCAAGUGCAGGAAGAAAUAUGCACUGACUAACAUCCAGGCGGCCAUGGGCCUCUCGGACCCCGCCGCACAGCCCCUGCUGGGAAACGGCUCCGCCAACAUCAAACUGGUGAAAAAUGGGGAGAACCAGCUCCGGAAGGCUGCCGAGCAAGGGCAGCAGGACCCCAACAAAAAUGUCAGCCCAACAGCGGGCAUCAACAGAACUUGUGAGAAGUUAGAGGGGAAAGAGCCCCAUCCGCAGGACUCCACGGGCUCAGACCUCGUAUCCUCGCAGCCCAGGAAAACCAAGAGCUUCCUCAACUACUAUGCAGACCUGGAGACCUCAGCCAGAGAACUCGAGCAGAACCUGGGCAACCAUCACAGGGAGGGCGAAGAGAAAGCCCAGCCCGGCCAGGGCCAGGUGUCCACCGUCAUCGGCAACGGGGAGCUGCUGCUGCAGAAAGCAAACAAGCCCUCGUCCAGCCCCGAUGACGGCCAGGUCGCCACGGUGUCGUCCAGUCCGGAGACCAAGAAGGAUCAUCCCAAAACGGGGGCCAAAACGGACUGUGCGCUCCACCGGAUCCAGAACCUGGCACCCAGCGAUGAGGAGUCAAGCUGGACCACGUUGUCUCAGGACAGUGCCUCCCCCAGCUCCCCAGAUGAAACAGCGGAUAUAUGGAGUGAUCACUCGUUUCAGACGGAUCCAGACUUGCCACCGGGCUGGAAAAGAGUCAGUGACAUCGCUGGGACCUAUUACUGGCACAUACCAACGGGGACCACUCAGUGGGAGCGCCCGGUGUCCAUCCCAGCAGAACUUCAGGGUUCAAGAAAAGGGUCCCUUAGUUCUGUGACGCCGUCUCCCACCCCAGAGAACGAGAAACAGCCAUGGAGUGAUUUUGCUGUUCUGAAUGGGGGAAAGAUUAAUAGUGACAUUUGGAAGGAUUUGCACGCAGCCACCGUUAACCCCGACCCCAGUUUGAAAGAGUUCGAAGGAGCAACUCUACGCUAUGCAUCUUUGAAACUCAGAAAUGUCCCACAUGCUGACGAUGAUGAUUCUUGUAGUAUCAACAGCGAUCCGGAAUCCAAGUGCUUUGCAGUGCGCUCUCUGGGAUGGGUGGAGAUGGCAGAAGCGGACCUCGCUCCUGGUAAAAGCAGUGUUGCUGUCAACAACUGCAUCCGACAGCUCUCUUACUGCAAAAACGACAUCCGUGAUACCGUUGGCAUUUGGGGAGAGGGGAAGGACAUGUACUUGAUCCUGGAGAAUGACACGCUCAGCCUGGUGGACCCCAUGGACCGCUCCGUGCUCCACUCACAGCCCAUCGUGAGCAUCCGCGUGUGGGGCGUGGGGCGUGACAACGGCCGAGAGAGGGAUUUUGCUUACGUGGCAAGGGACAAAGAUACAAGAAUUCUGAAAUGUCAUGUCUUUCGAUGUGACACGCCAGCAAAAGCCAUCGCCACGAGUCUCCACGAAAUCUGUUCCAAGAUUAUGGCCGAACGGAAGCAUGCCAAAGCCUUGGCCUGCAGUUCCUUACAGGAGAGGACCAAUGUGAAUCUCGAUGUUCCUCUGCAAGUAGAUUUUCCAACACCAAAGACGGAGCUGGUCCAGAAGUUCCACGUGCAGUACCUGGGCAUGCUGCCUGUGGAUAAGCCAGUCGGAAUGGAUACCCUGAACAGUGCCAUAGAAAAUCUCAUGACCUCAUCCAACCAGGAGGAUUGGCCAUCGGUGAACAUGAAUGUCGCCGAUGCUACGGUGACUGUCAUCAGUGAAAAAAGUGAAGAGGACAUCCUCGUGGAGUGUCGCGUGCGCUUCCUGUCAUUCAUGGGCGUCGGGAAGGACGUCCACACAUUUGCCUUCAUCAUGGACACUGGGAACCAGCGCUUUGAGUGCCACGUGUUCUGGUGUGAGCCCAAUGCAGCCAGCGUGUCGGAGGCGGUCCAGGCCGCCUGCAUGUUACGAUACCAGAAGUGCUUGGUAGCCAGGCCACCGUCACAGAAGGUCCGGCCGCCGCCUCCGCCAGCAGCAGACUCAAUGACCAGGAGAGUCACAACCAACGUAAAGCGAGGGGUCUUGUCACUCAUUGACACUUUGAAACAGAAACGCCCUGUCACAGAAAUGCCAUAGCCGCGUGUGUGAAAGGAUUCUGUACUAUUUACCUGAAGAUCGACUAGCUACACUAAAGAAAACACACUGACGUCGGGCCUUCCAUCUGGUUGGCAAUGCUUUGUCUUCAGAGAAUUUAUCCUUCACGCAGCAGUGUUAGACAAGCAUGUUCUCUCGUCUUGCCACCACCAUGUGAAAUGAAAAGAAGCAUGAAUCCUUUCUUUCGCUGUCAGUAAGAUACAGCACGAGCAGUGGAAGGUCUUUUUCUUACUGUAAAUAUUGUGAACAUGAUUUAACCUCACACAC